AGGCAUUGCUAGGGGUUUAUCUGAAGCCUAUUUUGAGACGCAGAAAUGGAAAGUGCUACAGUAUAUAUUGCUGUAUUUAUUCUGCUGCUGCAAUGUUCCACAUAUGCUUAUUCGACAACACUCUCUGAAGAUGGUAGCUAUGCUGAGCUAAUUCUUUUGCUGGGAGAGCAGAGGAUAUUGGGGUUUUACCAUUUGCAGGAUGGGGGCGAUUCCUUAUGUGAUUAGGAGUACUUUCCUGAUCAUUUGAAUUGCUCGUCGUCUGCCAACCAGUGUGUACCCUCUGUGGGAAAAUUUAUCUGCAGCAGAGCUUUGGACUUGGGCAUCCUGAUAAGAAGCAUGGGUUUGCUGUUGUGUAAGACCUGAGCCUGCCAGCUCAAAAUAAAGAAAGAUAAUUGCCUUUGAAAUUAGUAUUAAGUUUCAGAACUUUAGACCCACGUUUUCUUCAUUGGGGAUAUUUCAGCCAAAUACUUUCUUUUUUAAGAAAAAAAUUGUUACAAAUUUUCAAAAUUUAAUUCUAAUACUAGGAGUUUAUAUGGAUCAGAGAUCAGGUCUGUAGCUGGUCAAUAACAUAAAUCCUGUUUGCAUGCCAGUGUAAAAGGUUGCAUUCAACUCAAAUGAGUUGCUGGUUAGUGCAACAAACAGUGACUAGAGGUUAUGGAGUUUUAGAUGCUGGCAAUUGCCUUUCUGGAACAGAGUUAAAUGGACUGCAUUUGCAAUGCACAGUUUUAGUUGCUGACACUACCUUUGUGGACUAUCUUUGUAUAAAAUAAGACAACAUUUCUCAAAUAGUUCUCAACUUAAAGCGCUCUGGAUUGGAAGUAAUCCGUGCCUUGAUAAGUGGAUUGGUGUCAUAUGUGACAAUGGAAGUGCAACUAUUGUCAUUGGCUUACAUCUAACACACAUGCAACUUCAAGGACAUAUACCAAAAAGAUUAUCUCAGCUUCGUUAUCUUCAAGAUCUAUGGCUAGAUCAUAAUCAACUGGAUGGCACAAUUCCAGUAGAGCUGGGGAAUCUUGCAAAUUUGAAAUCACUAAGACUUCAUGGAAACAUGUUAAAAGGAUAUUUGCCAGAUAAGCUGAAGACAAUUCCCGAUCUUAGCUAUGAUCCCAUGUUCAUAUGUAAUGCUCCAGAUGAUGAGGCAUGUGCAAAAAUCAAUGCAAACCUCGUAUCAAGUGUGCAGUCUCUUAAGGUUUCUGAACGGAGUUUACUGAGUCAAUCAAGUGCACCUACUCCAUUAAUUCCAUUAUCAAAAGCAAAUGACAAAGAAAGUUGGACAUGUUUGUGCAAUCCUGGGGGAAUACUUGGGACACAGAACUACAGCACCGAUGACAAUUCUUUUACAGACUGUGACUGCUUAUCUGAUUGCCCAUCAUGUGUUGCUGGCCAAGUGUUGGACCCAUUGAUGCCUGAUGAUGGUCACUGUAUCUGUGUUAGACCUCUGCUUGCUGUUAUCAAAUUGCUAAAUGUUCAAUUAACCAAUUACACCUUAAGCAUGGAAAGAAACUUUACAAGAAACUUUGCUGCUUCUUUGAAUGUGUCGCCCACUCAGGUGGUUCCUGUAGCAAGACGGGGUGGAAAUGUUAUUGUAGAUAUUUAUGUUUUUCCAUUUCCAAAAUCAACUGAAUACGCCAAUAUGAGAGCUAUAGAGGCAAUUCUGACUCAGAGGAAUGCUAGCAGUCAAGGCAUCUUGCAAGAUCCAAUGCUUGGAUCUUUUUCUAUACUUAGAAUAGAGAAUCCCCUUGAUACAAGUUAUUCAUAUUCAUCAAACUCUUCAGGAAAAGGUGCUUAUAGCAAGUUUUAUAUAACUGCCAUCACGUUGACCAUUACACUGGCAUUCAUAGCAGUUCUUGUCUCUAUUGCUUGCUUUAUACAAAAGCACAAAGUAAAAAAUCGGUCUUCUCUAUUCUCCUUUGAAAAAGAUACCAGCUCAAGUGGUUUUACCAAUCUAAUAAGUCAGGGGUCAUCUAUAACAGACGACUUUCAAGUUUAUGACAACUCAUGCUUCAAUUCUAGUAGAGGAUGCAUGAGAAUGGCUUCUUUCAAAUUCAACAGCAAAAGUGAAACUGUACCAGGCACAAUUGUCCGGCGGUUUUCGUAUGCUGAAUUAGUAGAGGCAACAGAACAGUUUUCAAAGUUCAAUAUCAUUGGCAUUGGAGGGAGCAGCAGUGUUUACCGAGGUCAACUUGGAGAUGGAAGAGCUGUUGCUGUCAAGAAACUUGAAACUCGAAAUGGACCUGAUGCAGAUCGUGAGUUUCUAAUUGAGGUUGAGCUUCUAUCCAGGCUUCAUCAUUUUCAUCUUGUUCCACUCAUUGGGUAUUGCAUAGAGUUUCACCGGAAAGAACUUCGUAGGCUGUUGGUAUAUGAAUAUAUGCCUAAUGGUAAUCUUCGGGAGCAUUUGGAUGGAACUAUGGGUAAGGAACCUCUCAAUUGGAUAAACAGAGUCCGCAUUGCACUUGGAGCAGCAAGAGGCCUGGAAUAUCUUCAUGAAGCAGCUGUGCCCCGUGUUUUACAUCGUGACUUUAAGUCUAGCAAUAUUCUCCUUGAUGACAAAUGGAGGGCCAAGCUUGCUGAUUUUGGUAUGGCAAAGACAGUCACACAUAAUGAUCAUAAUGGUCCAUCAAGUUCACCAGCGAGAAUGCUAGGUACAUUUGGAUAUUUUGCCCCUGAAUAUGCAAUGAUGGGAAGAGCAUCUUUGAAGUCUGACGUUUUCAGCUUUGGGGUAGUCCUUUUGGAGCUGAUAAGUGGCAGGCAUCCGUUAAACAUGUCUUUGCCAAAGGGACAACAAAGUCUUGUUAUUUGGGCUAGUCCUCUUUUAGAAGAUGAGAAUAAAGUGCUCAGUGAAAUUGUAGAUCCAACCUUAAAGAAUGUAUUUCCAGUGGAAGGCAUGCUCAAAAUGGCUCAGUUAGCAAGGGCAUGUUUGCAAAUGGAUUCAGAGGCAAGACCCACAAUGACUGCAGCUGUGCAUGUUCUUGCUACAUUAAUUCCAGAAAAUGCAAGGAAGAGUGUGUCAUUGCCAAAGAACGGUGCACAGAUUCCCUUAGCCCUGCCAUGGUAUCCUGAUUGCAGCGACUAUAACUUUAGUCGGGAAGAAGACCUUGACUUGGAUGAGAGCUCAGUUCCAUCAGAAAACAUGAAUACACCGUCUGCAAUGACUGGCUCUUCCUUUGAUCCUGAGCUUGAGAAAAUUUUAUCGCAAAAAUGGGCAGCAGGGAACACCUUACUUUUGGGCCUUGAGGAAAUUCUGUCCUUGCAAGAAGACUUAAAGCAGGGUAUUGUAAAGGAUUCAUCUCCUGUGUCAGCUGCAGACUACUUGAAAAGCCUCACUUCAUUGACAGCAGAUAAUCCAGUUCGCAGAUCAUCUGAGGAAGAAUUACUCGACCUUACAGAGCCACGUAUGGAAUCAUUCUGGCACCCUAAUGUGAAUUCAGCAGAUUUGGAAAGAGAAAGACAUUAGAGAUUUCCAUGGGGGAAAUUUCUUACGUUUUAGACUUUUAGUUGCAAGGACAUAUUGCAUUCCCACAGAAUGGAUACGAAGAAAAUUAUUCUUCCCUCAGUGAGAAGAUGCUGUUAUUUUGUUUAUAUAUGUGCAUCAAAUUACAUCAGUUCUGGCAAUCUAGCAUUCCCUUCUAAAAUAACUACUUGUGAAAAUACCUGCCUUUGUAUUUAGAUCUCCUUAAUCUUCAUGGUCUACACUGUAUAUUAUGCCAUGCAGAGGCAAUAGAACUGUAUCUGUGAAACAGGCAGUGAAGUAUGCUAAAUAUUUGGAAGAGGAAGAGAUGUUUGUUAUUUUCAUAUUGUAAUCUAUUUUAAUCUUUCGCUGGACUAUGGGAAGGGAAUAUGCCGCAUGAAUAUUAGUAAAGUAUGAAUAUCCAUCAUUAUAUAGAGCAGGCAUAUAAUUCAAGCUGUCUCUAUAUGAAGUAGAAGAGCUCUCAGCUCAUUGCUGCCAUUUAUUGUAAGAUGCAUACGGAAAUACUUUCUAGGUAGUCAUUCAAUACAUGGAAGUUUUGGGUA